AUGAAGGCCUUUCGGAUCGGCCGGAAACCUGCGGGUCCCUGGGUCAACAUGACACCACCAAUUAGGGGCGGCGUCUACACCAGGCAAGAUACGACGCCUGCAUCUGCAUCUGCAUCUGCGCUUGCAUCGGGAUCUGCUGCCCCAGAUGUCACGGACGCUGCCGUCGACUGCCCCUCGUCUGAUCUCGAUGAGGACGACUCCGCCGACGACGCCGUUUCCGAAGUCUCCGCCAGGAGCUCCCGCACGUCCCUGACUUCCGAGUGCAGCAGCGCCGAUGUCGAGAAGACCAAGCCUGAGCCGCAGACCGAGACGGGCAUUCGCAGACGUGUCGCUGCGCCCGCCGACUCGGCCGAUGAUGCCCUCCUCUCUGGCCGGAGUCGCAUGAGCCCUGAGCAGUACACCGAGUGGGCUAUCCAGCAGAAUGUCAACAAGGAUCUCGAUGAGUACCCUUCGCUUGACCCUGCUGUCCAGCUCGACAUCCAGAUGAAGUACCGUCUGCUCCACGAACGCGUCAAGGCCGCCGGACUCUACGAGUGCCCCUACUUGGAUUACGGCAAGGAGAUGUGCCGCUACUCGACCCUGUUCGCCGGGUUCCUCGUCGCGCUGCACUAUGAGUGGUACAUGACCUCGGCUUGCUUCUUGGGCCUCUUCUGGCAUCAGAUUAUGUUCUCGGCCCACGAUGCAGGCCACGGUGCCAUCACCCACAACUUCACCUUCGACACCCUCAUUGCCCUCUUCAUCGCCGACUUCUGCUGCGGCCUGUCCAUGGGAUGGUGGAAGAGCAGUCACAACGUCCACCACCUCAUUACCAACAUGCCUGAACACGACCCCGACAUUCAGAACGUCCCGCUCUUCGCGACCUGCCCGUCGUUCUUCAAGUCCAUCAAGUCGACCUACUACGACGGCUUCGUCUUCUACUGGGACGCCGCCGCCGACGUCCUGGCCAAGUACCAGGCGUACACCUACUACCCCGUCAUGGGCAUUGCCCGCUUCAACUUGUACCUCCUCUCCUGGCUGCACGUCCUGUCGCGCAGGUCUUCCCAGCUUGGUAGCUCCAAGGCGUGGUGGAUCCGCCCGACCGAGAUCGCCUUCAUGGCCUGCUUCUGGUACAUCUUCGGCUACCGCCUGAUCCUGUGCACCCUGCCCACGUGGCCCAUCCGCGUCGCCUUCGUUCUCGUUUCGCACAUCAUCACCAUGCCUCUGCACGUCCAGAUCACCCUGUCCCACUGGGGCAUGUCGACCUCGGACCUUGGCGAGUCCGAGUCCUUCGCCCAGCGCCAGCUCCGCACCACCAUGGACGUCGACUGCCCCGCCUGGCUCGACUUCAUCCACGGCGGCCUCCAGUUCCAGGCCGUCCACCACCUCUUCCCGCGCCUCCCCCGCCACAACCUCCGCAAGGCGCAGGUGUUUGUCAAGGACUUCUGCAGAGACACCGAAAUCCCUUACUCCAUCCUGGGAUUUGUCAACGGAAACAAGAAGGUCAUUGGCAGGCUCGAGGAGGUUAGCGACCAGCUCCGCACGCUGCUCGGCUGCCAGAAGUAUAUGGCCGAGACGGGCGAGAGCGCUUUGCACUAA